AUGUCCCAUCAGCCUCCUCAGCCGCGCCUGGCCCACAGCCGCGGCCUCAGUUUAGAGGACCGGAGCGUCACGCCUCUCAAGACGUCCACCCCAGUGCACAAGAGCGCCUCCUCCUCCUCCUCCCAGCGCGACAGCAGGCUGAGGGGGCAGAUCCCAGCUGCAGAGUCACCUCUCCCCCACUGGAGCUCACAGUGCAGAGCUGGAGUAACUCCUCUUCCAUGUGCCUCCUCCUCUCCCCCAUCCUCCUCCUCCUCCCCCUCUUCCUCCCCGUCUUACUGCCCCUCUUCCUCGCCCUCUUCCUCCCUGUCGUCCUCCUCCUGA